AUGAGCGCAGAGGACGUGGACUCGUUGGACGUCUACAUGGCGUCCCUGGAGCUGCCGUCGGGGCAGGACGCGACCAUGUCGAUGGCGCAGGCGCGGGCUGAGCAGCACGCCAAUAGCCGCAGUGCCUCGGGCGGCCCCGCUGUCGUGGUGAAGAACCGCCGCUACCGGCGUCUGCAGCAGCUACUGGACGAGAGUGAGGGGGAGGACGCGUACUUCUCGGACGCCAUGAUGCAGCAGCGCAGCCCCGCGCUCUUCCACUUCUACCUGGGGCAGUAUCUUGCUCUCGAAAAGGGUCCAACUGCAACUACCGCAGACAAUGGAGGACAGAAGUUGUCCUCCUUCCUAAUGGACACUUGCCAACGCAGCCAGAUGGAGGCGCGGCGCGUGGCUGAGCAGGAAACGUGGGGCAAGUUCACCGCGGCCGACGAGAAGCAGGAGAAGGCUCGAGUGGAGCGCCUGUACGAGGAGGACAACGUCGUUGAAGAGGAGGAAGAUGAUAAGGGUGAAGACGACGAAGAGGAACUGAAUGCGUACAGUGUGGCGCAGAGGCGCCAGCAACUCAUCGAGGUCAUGAGCACCCGGUUCCUGAACGGUGAGGACGGCGAGUAUGUGAAUUACGCCGAGAUCGACGCCGAUGAGAGGCUGGACGACUUUGUCGCGAUCCAGCGUGACGCAGAAGAUCGGUAUUUCGCGGACUAA